AUGCCACGUUCGCAAAAAAAUGAUAAUUUUAUCGAUAAAACUUUUACGGUAGUUGCCGAUAUUUUGUUAAAAGUAUUACCUACCACUCGUAAUGAAAAAGAAGCCUUUGUAUAUUAUCGUGACGGGAUGUCGGCCCAGGCAGAAGGAGAAUAUGCAGAAGCUUUACAAAACUAUGCGCAAGCAAUGCGAUUAGAGGUGGAUCCUUAUGAUCGUAGUUUUAUUUUUUAUAAUAUUGGGCUUAUUCAUACCAGUAAUGGUGAGCAUACGAAAGCACUUGAGUAUUAUUACCAAGCUUUAGAUCGCAACCCGUCAUUACCACAAGCUUUAAAUAAUAUUGCAGUUAUUUAUCAUUAUCGUGGGGAGCAAGCAUUAGCUGCUGGAAAUAUCCCAGAUUCUGAAACUCUCUUUGAAAAAGCUGCAGAAUAUUGGAAAGAAGCAAUUCGUCUCGCACCGUUAAAUUAUAGUGAAGCUCAAAACUGGCUUCAAACAACAGGUCGUUAA